AUGACUUCGAUAGACGUGUCAGCGCAGAGGAGCGCUCUCCUGAGCAACGCCGUCGUCCUGGAGCAUUUACCCACCGAAAUUCUAGAGGUCAUAAGAAAUCACACGGCCUCAAACCUCCUCGACGCCGUCGCGGAGGCCGCUCUUAUCCCCCAACUUACAGAUCGAAUUUUCAUUCACUUUGAGAAUGUCUUUCCCGACAUCUGCUCCCGUUGGCUCCUCAACCCCAGAAAUCAAACCAGCAACGGCCACGUCCUUGCUUCUCUUGCAAGGAUAUUGUCCUUCGCCCCGUACUUGUCGGAAUUCCUACAACAUGUCAUGAAAGAGGACUUGACCAAGACGCCGCCCCAAGGACCCCAGGCGCUGAACCUCCGAUUCCCCGACCUCACCACUUUCGCUCCCGCUCAAGACUCCGACCUCUUGCGGCUUCUUCUGGCCGCAUGGCGGCUGGUCUGUUUCGACCAGAGGACCUACGGUAUCCUGGUCUCACCAACUCACAUGCAGACUCUCUUCACACAUGAGAGCCGCGCCGUCCGGUACUUGGCUAUCCGGAUAUUCAGCCAACUUCUCCGUGCAGCCGACUCAAAAUUGGAGGCUCUCAUCUGCGAGCAUGUUGGGACGAAGGUGGCUAUCCUCGCUGACUUUGACGGGCUCCAAGUAGACUAUGGUUUCCUCAGUCUGUAUGAAGAUGCACGGGUCAAGAAGGUCGCGGCUCUGCGCCGUGAGCUUCGCGAUGCUUCUCAAAGCAAUCAAAUCCAUCCUGUCCCUCCGCAAAGCCUGACCCCCUUCGUUGCGUGCUACGGCAAGACAAUCUUGCCGCGACCGUCCGGACCGGUCGAGAAGAACUCGUCUCUCGUGCUGACGUCCACUACUACCCAAAAUCUCGAGACUCUCACCCGUCUCCUCAAGAAUGCAAGCCCGAUUCUGCUGCACGGUCUUCCUGGCUCUGGAAAGACAUCGCUAGUCCACGAAAUCGCCAAGGAGUUUGGAAAACAUUCUGAGAUGGUGACAUUACACAUCAAUGAGCAGACAGACGCCAAGAUGCUCAUUGGGCUCUACUCAACAGACUCGAAGCCGGGAACGUUCUCAUGGAGGGCCGGUGUUCUGACGACUGCCGUCAGAGAAGGUCGUUGGGUCCUCAUUGAAGACUUGGACAGGGCGCCGAACGAAGUCAUCAGCACAAUCUUACCCCUGAUCGAACGAGGCGAGCUCCUCAUUCCGAGUAGGGGUGAACGGAUCAAGGCCGCCAACGGAUUCCGCCUUUUCGCCACAGUGAGAAGCUCCCGGGGCAUGCAUGGCCGGGAAACGCUCCCAAACCUACUCGGCAUGCGGUUCUGGCAGCUGCUUUCCGUACACACGCCCACGGAGACCGAGUUGCAGGACAUCGUCGUCGGGUCCUACCCCGUCCUCCACAAAUUUGCCCCAGGGAUUCUCGCCGUUUACCGGCGCUUGUCGAAACCGAUUUCUGGAAGCAUGCCCUUCUCAUCCAGCCGUGGUAUGGCUGACCGCCAGAUCAGCUUGCGAGAUCUUCUGCGAUGGUGCAGACGCCUCACAGCCACGCUUUCUGCAGCGGGAUGCACCACUGGCGAAGAGCCCAUCACCGAUACCACCCGGAACUGGAUGUUCAUGGAGGCUGUCGACUGCUUCGUUGCUGGCAUUCCGGACGUUCAAGUCAAGCAACAUCUGAUCUUUGGCAUCGCCGAGGAAAUGCACAUGGCGAAGGAGCUGGUAGAGUACCACUUCGACCAAUACAUUCCUCAGCUGGAGCAAAGCGACAGCCAGUUCAAAAUCGGCCGCGCAAUACUGCGCAAGCGCAAAGAGCGCGUGAACAAGGCUGCCCUCGCUAAAAAGCCGUUUGCCAGCACCACGCAUGCAAAGAAGUUGCUGGAGCAGACCGCCGUCGCCGUGAACCUAGGCGAGCCGAUCUUGCUCGUUGGUGAGACCGGUAUCGGAAAGACGACUGUCGUUCAGCAGUUGGCCGACACCCUGGGUCACAAGCUGGUCGCCAUCAACUUGUCUCAGCAGAGCGAGGCCGGUGAUCUCCUUGGUGGCUUUAAGCCCGUCAACGUGAGGAGUCUGGCCGUUCCCCUGAAAGAGGAAUUCGAGGACCUGUUCUCCGCGACAGGAAUCUCGACAACGAAGAACCAGCGGUACCUCGAGCAGCUCGGAAAGUGUUUCGCCAAGGGACAGUGGGCAAAGGCUGCCAAGCUGUGGCGCGAAGCCCCCAAGAUGUUCAAGAAGAUUAUCGAGGAGCUCACCCGGCGAGAGAGGGAGCAGAGCCAGGCUCGUGACGAGGCAGGCCAGCCGACGAAGCGGCGCAAAACCGAAUCUAAGCUUCAGACUCUCCUUGAGCUCAGCCCCCGGUGGGAUCAGUUUUCUCGCAGUCUCGACCAGUUCGAAGUCCAGCUGUCCGGCGGCUCGACAGCGUUCGCCUUCUCCUUCGUCGAGGGCAAUAUUAUCAAGGCCGCCCGAAAUGGUGACUGGGUGCUCCUCGACGAAAUCAACCUUGCAUCGCCGGAUACUCUGGAAAGUAUCGCAGACCUCCUGACAGGACCUGUCGAGACACCUUCCAUCCUGCUGUCGGAGACGGGAGAAAUCGAGAGGAUCAGAGCACACCCGAACUUCCGUAUCUUUGGCGCCAUGAACCCUGCGACAGAUGUGGGAAAACGCGACCUCCCUAUCGGGAUUCGGUCUCGGUUUACCGAGCUCUACGUCGACAGCCCAGACAAGGACAAGAACGACUUGAUCACCAUCGUCAAAACGUAUCUGAGAAACAGCAGCAUCAAAGACGAGGCCGCCACGAACGAUAUCGCGGCGCUGUAUAUGAACACCAAGAGUUACGCCGAGCGCAAGGAGAUUGUUGACGGGGCCAACGAGGUGCCGCAUUUCAGUCUUCGUACCUUGACACGCGUCUUGACCUAUGUCAACUACAUUGCUCCUUUCUAUGGCAUUCGCCGAUCUUUGUACGAGGGCUUCUCGAUGGGGUUCCUAACCCUUCUCGAUAGAGAAUCGGAAAAGCUGAUCAUGCCGCUGAUCGACCACCACUUGUUUGGACGCAUCUCUAAUGCUCAGUCUCUGCUUUCUCAACCACCAAAACAGCCUGACGAUGGCAAGCAGUAUGUGCGGUUCCGUAACAAGGCAAAGGACCGUCACUACUGGCUUGCUCAGGGAGGGGAGACCCCUAAGGAGCGAACAGACUACAUCAUCACGCCCUAUGUGGAGCGCAACCUGCUUAACCUGGUCCGCGCGACGUCCACCCGUCGAUUUCCUAUCCUCAUUCAGGGCCCGACCUCGGCAGGAAAGACGAGUAUGAUCGAGUAUCUGGCAAACUUCACUGGUAACAAGUUUGUGCGCAUCAAUAAUCACGAGCACACUGAUCUGCAGGAGUAUCUGGGCACGUAUGUCUCAGACUCGACAGGAAGACUCCGUUUCCAAGAGGGGUUGCUUGUGCAAGCCAUGCGCCAAGGCCACUGGAUCGUUCUUGACGAGCUGAAUCUUGCCCCGACAGACGUGCUCGAGGCGCUGAAUCGUCUUCUCGACGACAACCGAGAGCUUCUGAUUCCGGAGACACAGGAGGUCGUGAGGCCGCACGAUAACUUCAUGCUAUUCGCGACCCAAAACCCCCCUGGCCUCUACGGUGGCCGAAAGGUGCUUUCACGUGCGUUCCGCAACCGUUUCUUGGAGCUGCACUUCGACGACAUCCCUGAGGACGAACUGGAGUAUAUCUUGCAAAACAGAAGCAUCAACACGGCGCCCUCGGACUGCAAGAGGAUCGUCACGGUCUACAAGGAGCUCUCCCGUCUUCGCCAGACUAGCCGUCUGUUCGAGCAGAAGGACAGUUUCGCCACGCUUCGUGAUCUGUUCCGAUGGGCUUUGCGAGAGGCAGAUACUCGCGAGCAGAUCGCGGUCAACGGUUUCAUGCUGCUUGCGGAACGAGUACGAAUCGAGGAGGAGCGCACUGCUGUCAGAGAGGUCAUCGAGAGCGUCUUCAAGGUCAAGAUUGACCCAGAAGUUAUAUACGCCGCCAAGUCAUCGCCCAUUUUGAGCCAGCUUCAGGGGAUGCCCAACAACCACGGCGUUGUAUGGACUCGCGCCAUGCGUCGUCUCUAUGUCUUGGUCCACACUGCCAUUCGCAACAACGAGCCCGUUCUUCUUGUGGGCGAGACCGGAUGCGGCAAGACCACUGUCUGUCAGAUCCUUGGAGACGUGCUCGGAAAGGAGCUGCACAUUGUCAACGCCCACCAGAAUACCGAGACGGGAGAUCUUAUCGGUUCUCAGAGACCAGUGAGAAACCGAGGGGCGAUUGCAGACUCGCUGAAGGUCGAUCUGACUUCUCUCCUCGGGGCGCUUGGCGAAGACUCGACAGGCUCAUUGGAUGACCUGCUGCAAAGAUACCACGCCCUUCCGACCGAGACGUUGGCCAAGGUCGACGGCCCCGCGCAAGAAAAGAUCGCGCUGCUGGAGGCCAAGAGCAAAGCCUUGUUUGAGUGGUCUGACGGAAGUCUUGUUCACGCCAUGAAGGCCGGUCAAUUCUUCCUGCUCGACGAAAUCUCCCUGGCCGACGAUUCCGUGUUGGAGCGUCUGAACUCUGUUCUCGAGCCUCAACGAUCUCUUCUCCUCGCAGAGAAGGGCAUUGACAACUCGUUCGUCACCGCGGCCGAUGGUUUCCAGUUCUUCGCGACCAUGAACCCGGGAGGCGACUUCGGCAAGAGAGAACUGUCUCCGGCCCUGAGGAACCGUUUCACCGAGAUCUGGGUCCCGGCCAUGUCUGAAAUGGAUGAUAUGCUCGACAUCGUUCUGUCAAAACUCGACCCGGCAUUCAAGUCCUACGGCAAGCCUGUGGUGCAGUUCGCCCACUGGUUUGGGCAAGUUUUCAGGUCUUCAUCCUCUACGGCCUUCUCGAUCCGUGACAUUCUCAUCUGGGUCAACUUCAUCAACCUCUGCGGGCCCUCAUCGCCCCAGUUCGCCGUGGUUCAUGGCGCCGCGACCGUCUUCAUCGACAGCUUGGGCGCCAACCCUUCAGCCUUGCUGGCCAUGGAUCCUAAGGCACUCGAUUCCCAGAGACAGAAAUGUCUGGACAAGCUCAGCGAGCUGCUUGGCUACGACACCACGGCUGUCUACCGAGCACAGCCCGAAGUCACCUUGACCGAAGACAGACUGUCCAUCGGCGAGUUCGGCCUGCCCAGAGAAGCAGCCCGCUCAACGGACCCCAGCUUCGCCUUCAACGCCCCGACUACAAGACUCAACGCCAUGCGAGUGAUGCGUUCUCUCCAGAUGCGGAAGCCCAUCUUGCUGGAAGGUAGCCCUGGUGUCGGCAAGACGACCCUUGUCGCCGCUCUGGCCCGCGUAUGUGGCCGGCCCCUGACUCGAAUCAACUUGUCAGACCAGACUGAUCUGAUGGACCUGUUCGGUACGGAUAUGCCUGUCGAGGGCGCCGAGGCCGGCAAUUUUGCCUGGCGCGAUGCUCCCUUUCUACAAGCCAUGCAGAACGGCGAGUGGGUGUUGCUUGACGAGAUGAACUUGGCCUCUCAGUCGGUGCUGGAAGGUCUCAAUGCCUGUCUUGACCAUCGUGGAGAGGUUUACAUCUCCGAGCUGGACCAAGUCUUCAAGAGACAUCCCGAUUUCAGACUAUUUGCUGCGCAGAACCCCCAUCACCAGGGAGGCGGCCGAAAGGGACUUCCGAGCUCCUUCGUGAACAGAUUCAUCGUCGUUUACGCCGACGUCUUCACGGCCGAGGACCUUCUGCUCAUUGCGCAGCACAACUUCCCCAGCAUUUCUACCGACGUUGUCAGCGGCGUCAUUCAGUUCAUCUCUCGCCUGGAUCACCAAGUUGCGAUCGAGAAGGCUUUCGGCUCCCACGGAAGUCCUUGGGAGUUCAACCUGAGAGAUAUCCUCAGAUGGUUGCAUCUCCUGGCGACUACCGACCCUCUCCUGGCGACCGGCAAACCAGAUGAUUUCCUCGACCUCAUUAUCCGCCAGCGUUUCCGGUCUUCUUCAGAUCGCGAGGAAGUGAACAAGCUCUUCGCCCAGGUCUUCUCGAGGGACCCGCAAACUCACAGCUUGUACCAUGACACCAACGCGGCGUUUUCUCAAGUCGGCAACGCACUGCUUCCUAGAAACCAGACCUCGCAACCUUUGGCUCUGCCUGGCAUCGACAUUGUCACUCGACUUCCCGAGAUCGAGUCGCUCAUGGUCUGCAUCAAACAGGACAUUCCGUGCAUUCUUAGCGGUCCGUCUGGCAGCGGAAAGUCGGUACUGCUCGAGCACGUUGCUGCCCUUGUCGGAAAGCCCCUCGUCGUCUUCCCUCUCAAUGCCGACAUCGACACAAUGGAUCUAGUCGGUGGCUUUGAGCAGUCGGACCCCCUCCGUGAGGUAAACGCUUCCCUGAAGGAGCUCUUCGAGGGUCUGCAGACCACAAUCCUGACCCGGGUGCCGGGCCAAGUCCCCGCCAAGGCCCUCGCUCUGCUGUAUCUCCUGGAAACCUAUCGCGGAGACACAAAUGGCCUUCCGGCCAUCACGGCAGCAGUCGAGCAAGUUCUCUCUGACGUUUCCAGGGAGUCGGAGAUUGGCGUGCUCCUCUCCAACGUCUACACCGUUCUACAAAACCCACUGGUGGUCAGCAACCCCCGUUUCGAGUGGCUCGAUGGGGUCAUCGUCAAGGCCCUCGAAACCGGCCAGUGGCUGGUCUUGGACAACGCCAAUCUGUGCAACGCCUCCGUUCUGGACAGACUAAACUCCCUGCUCGAGCCAAACGGCUUUUUGAGCAUCAAUGAACACUGCGGACCUAACGGAGAGCCGAGAAUCAUCAGACCUCACCCGGAUUUCCGAAUCUUUUUAACGGUCGAUCCGCGCUACGGUGAGCUGUCACGAGCCAUGAGGAACAGAGCCGCCGAGAUCCAUCUCAGCGAGCGGAAGACGCACGCCCUCCAAGAACCCAGCUCUCACGUUCAUGUGGAGAGCAGCUUGCAAAGAUUUUCCGCUUCCAGUCGGAUUUCCACUUCUGUCUUGAGCGAGAACGACUCCUCAGACGUGAGCAAUAUAACGCUCGAGAACCUUUCCCUUCAGGAUUUGGCGCUCAUGGAAAGAUUCUCGCGCGCCGUCCAACGCCGCUUAACCGAUCUCGGCUCGGCUGGCCUCGACAAGUACCAAGGGAGCUUAAACGAGCAACUCGGAUUCCUGGAUGCGACGGAGACGGCCGGUCUCCGCGAGGCUAUCUCGCAACUCUAUGCAGCCCUUCCCGGUGCCAACUCGGGCUUCGGAUCUGCGCAGCCCCUGAACCCUCUCCACAACGCCUCCAUUGUACGCGUUUUGCACCAAAGCAAAGAUGAGCUGCCCUUCUGGCUUUCUGUCAGCUACGGGUUUCUCUUGGAGAUCCAGCGAUGCCAAGCCGCGAUUGCCACUCAGGCCACCAGGGCGAAGGCAGCGAAACUCGCUUCAUUGAACCGUCUCCAGCGAUCCAUCGUAUCGGACCGCGUCGCAUCUGUCGCGAAGGACUCGACAGUCAGGGUAUCAAAAUUUCUGUCGAGGACUCUUCAGAUCAUCAGAACCUUUAUCCAAGCCAAUCUGACGACAUCCCACGGCUGGAAAGAUCGCGCUCGGGUUAUCCGAAACAUGCUGGACUUCUGGUGGCGAACUCUCAACCUUACCACCGAGAACCUCUUUGAGGAAGCACGGUUCCAGGCCCAUUUGAUGCAUGGAGUUGAAUCCGUUCAAACACUCGUUUCGCCUACGACGGAAGCCACAAACAGACAGCUCGCUGAUCGCUACCUUCAGACUGUUGAAGAAGACUUCACAACGGGCUUCCGCCUGACCACUGGCUUGAGCAUGGAAGUCCUCUGGAAGCAGAUCAAGCCGCUCCCCGUCAUGAGCGAGGAAACUCUUACCAAAAGUCAGGAAAUCGAGCAGCUCGGCAAGCGUCUCGACGAGCUCAAGUGGAAGGUCAAGGCAUCCAUUACUGAUCUGGCCAGAGCCAUGACAACUCUCGUCAAGGCCGACGAGAUUGUACGAAGCACCAACUCUGACGUGACAGAGCUCAUCCAAGACCUCACGAAGGAGAUCGAGCUUUUGGAAUCCAAAGUCGGCUCGGAGUCCAGCGAGGUCAAGCCGUUCUUCGCGUCGGAGUUUGAGACUCUGAGACAGGCUUCUCUGUUGAGGUCGCAAGCCAUCGCAUAUUUCCAAGGCCUGCCAUACAGCGCCAACGAGACGGAUCUUCUGGUCUUGUCAAGCCAGCAAACCAUUGACCAGAUCCGUCUUGGCAGCUUCGGAGCCAAAGAAGCACAGUAUUUGACCAUCGGCCUGCUCGCUUCCCAGGAUCCUGCCACCCAUGUCUGGAACGGCAAGUUCGCCACGUCUCUCUUAUCAAGACUCAACUCCCUUCAUGCAACGAGUCUGCGCUCACUCGGACUCCUUGAGACCGAAUUGCCUGCCAUUGGUCGAUCUGUUGCUGCUCUGGCCCCGACAAUCCAGAAGAACCAAAUCGCGGCCCUAAACGCGGUUCUCAAGAGGCUCAUCACCACUGUAUUCUCCGUUCAUGGCAGUGAGCAGCACGAGCAGCUCGUCAGUGCAAUCUACGAUCAGGUCAAGCGCGAGUUCGAAGGCGUCACCGUCACGCCUCUGCAGAUAAAGCAGCUGGCCGCCCAGUUCGAGGGCACCCUUCCUAGCGACUGGCCCGUUCACGUCCAUCAGAUCGCCCAGCAGCACCUGAUCCCUGCCUUGGUUGCCCUCGCCGUGUCCGACAAGAUCGAGGGCACCAGUCAGCCCCAUAGCGAGGCAGCCAGCGCCCGAAUUGUCGCCGCCUGCUCGGCAGUCGCCUGGGUUGAGUUCUCGGUUGGCGCGAUCAUGCUUUACGUGCCGGACAAGGCUUUCGAUCCGCAAUUGCGGCCGCAAUUCGAGAAGGACGUUCACGACGAGCUGACCAAGGGACUUGAACAUAAACUCUUGUCACUGUUGGACUUUGAGACUCGCUUCACGGGUCAAAAGACAUCGCUCCGCAUCCAGCUCGUGCAACAAGAUAUCGAAGCGCUUGGCCCGGCACCAGCACCGACACAGCUGCUUUACAGACCCGCUCGAUCGGAGCUCACCAACGUUCAGACAUCCUUCAACAACGUCCUGGCGACCAUCCUUGGGCAGGACCUGUCGGCUCAUCAUACUGCCUUUGCCCUAUCGGGUUCCCCUGACGCUGUACAAGUGAUCAAUCUCGUCAGGCAGAACCUGGCUCACAUGGUUGAUCGCUUGGCUAACCGUGAUCACCGAGCAAACCACCUCGAUGCCUAUCAGGACAUGACACGACCUCUCGUCAACAUUCUUGGCUGUCUCCAGCUUGGUCUGUCGUUGAGCGACGGGCUUGAGUCUAUCGAACAUCAUAUUGCGGAAAAGACUCUCAUGGACCUAACGCCCUUCAUUGGCGGCAACCCCGAGCACCAUGUCCUCAAGAAGUUCCCGAACAGGAGCCUGGAGUUCCUCGACUACAUCGGGCUGAUUGCAUCCGUUGAGGGAUUGACGAACCUCAACGCCAGUGUCCGUGAAGCGCUGUUCGAAUGCGUCCACCGGUUCUUCCAAGAAUGGGCCAAGAGGCUCGAGGACGACCGCAAAGCGGAGGAGGCUCGGACGAACCUCUAUCGUUUUAAGGGAAGCUUCGAAGACGAGGAGGAGAUGGACGAGCAAGAGUUUAACGAGCUUUUCCCCACGUACGACGAAGAGCAGGACGAGAAGCCCGCCAUCGGACAUCAGAAGGUUCGCGACGUGUCGGUUAGACUGGCCGAGGCUCAUCGCAAGGUCUUCUUGGAACAGCCGAGACCGUCUGAAGCGCUCCAAGAGGUUUGCAAGAAGGUUGGCAAGGGUGUCGCACAGGAGCUCGCGCACAAGUCUGCGGUUCAUCAGGGCGUCAACAGCCGAGUGCUCCCUCUUGCACUCUGGUCGGUAGACGAGCAGAUGACAGCGCUUAAAACCAACACCGUCGGCACCACUUACAACUUCUACACCGACUCAAACCUUCCCGAAGUUCGCCGCCUGAUCCCUCUCGUUGACAAGGUGGAGGCUCGCUUCCGUGACUUGCAACAAGUGGACGAGAUCGGCCACAUGCAGCCGUUGGCAGACGUACGAGCCGCUUGCGAGCAGCUCCUCGACCUCACCCACACCGAGCCCCUAGCCAAGAUUCUACCCAAGUUGGAGCAUCUUCACGGUAUCGUCUACGAGUGGCAGCACGGAGGCUACGCUCCAGCCAUCUAUGGAGCGCCGGCCCUCUACACGUCUCUGACAGACACCAUCAUCAGCUGGCGACGACUGGAACUCUCGACCUGGGCCAAGCUCUUUGACAUGGAGGCUCAAAAGUGCUCAGAGGAUGCUGACUCGUGGUUCUUCAUCGCCUACCAGGUCCUCAUCGCCGUUCCCCUGUCUCUUGUCGACUCCCCCGAGCUGAAGGAUUACGCCGUCAACCUGGUGAGGGAGCUCGAGACAUAUUUCUCCACCGCCAUCAUCGGCCAAUUUUCCGCUCGCCUCAGACUGCUAAGACAGUUGCAGAAACACCUGCAGCUGCUCACCGUCGACUACCCCUCCCUGGCCGUCGUGUCCGACGCGGCACUGAACUUCAUCGACUACCACUCUCGCUUCGAGAAGGUUGCAAAGGUAGCAAUUGCCAAGGGAAGGGCGCCGUUCGAGAAAACGAUGAAAGAAGUCGUCUUGCUGGCCAGCUGGAAGGAUACCAACAUUAAUGCUCUGCGCGAGAGCGCGCGCAAGUCUCAUUUGAAACUUUUCAGACUUGUUCGCAAGUUCCGCGCUGUCCUUGGCCAGCCGAUGAAGCCCAUUCUGGAGCAGGGUAUACCAGACGACGAGGUGCCCAUCACCCAGAUCACAGAUGCUAGAGACAAGGUCCUUCUACAGGCUGGCGGCAGAGACUUGUUCGCCCAUCUCAAGGUUGACGUCAAGGCCGUCCAGGCCUGCAACGUGGCCCUGGAUCAAUGGUUCUAUCAACAUAAGCGUCUGUCCAACACCUCGAAAACGCUUCACACCAUGGUUCAAGUCGCUGCUCGGGCUCACAAUACCCCCCUCGAUGCCACCCAGGAGAUCCUCUCGUACGUGCAAGAUCUCAACGCUUCGAUUGCGGAACUGCGCAAGGAGACGCCCGGCACCUUGACAGACGAAAACAAGGAUCAAGUCAAGAACCUCAAGACGCGCAAGCGCAACCUCUUUGCGGACGUCCUGAAGAUGAUGAGACAGAUGGGCUUCCGUUACAACCUCGGAACCGAGGAGUUGGCCAAGCAGGAUUCCCUCGCGGUCGUCCUGGCACGUAUGCCCGCCUCUCACAUUCAGGAGGAGGAGAACAGCGCCGACGAUGCCGCCGAGUAUUACUUCCACAAGGUUGUCGACAUUGCGCCCAAGGUCAGAGCCUCCAUACACGAAUACUCGGAAGAGCUCACUGGUGCCGAGAUGUCUAGAAGCACCGGGUUCAUGGAGGGCAUGGUGGCUGUCGUCUUGGGUCAGCACAGCUCGUUGUCUGCUACUCGCAAGGCCAUCGCCUCUCUUGACCGGGCCAUCGCCUCGGUUGCAAGCUUGAGCAGCACAACCAUCGGGCGCAACACCAAUGGAAGCAGCCCGACCAUCACUGUGGACUGGAUGAAGCCCAUUCUGGACUUCGGAAUCAAGGUUGUCGAUAUCCACGGCAAGCUGGCCUCGGUCGAUAAUCAACCUGUAAUGGGCCACCUGCAGGCCACCCUGCAGGAAGUGGACGAAUUGUCGAAGCAGUGGCACGCUCUGGCUUCUACUCCUCAGAAAUUCACGACCGAACAGCACGACUCCCUGCGGAAGCGGUCCUUGCUCGCGGAGGAGAACUUCAAGGCACUGAUCCCCGGCCUUGGCCGCUCGGAUCUUGAUUUCGUGCUGAAGCAAAUUACAAGCUGGUUCAGCAUUCAGACCGUCCAAGGCGACCAGGAGGCUCGCGUCGACAUCGACACCAACGCCCAGCGAUUCAACGAUACGGUGCCCAACCUUUGCGAUACUGUGCUUGUUGCGCUCCAAGAGUACAAGAAGACCAUGGCUGAUCUGCCAAGCUCGUCCGAAGACUCGGGCUGGCUAGCAAAGGCCUCUGCUGUCCGCAUCUCCGGCCUCAACACGCUCUACAUUAAUGCGAUCGUCAGCAAGAUCGAGGCGUGUUUGGCCGCCCUGGAAAGCGUUGACUUGGAGCAACCCAAACUGAGUGCACUUUCUUCGUCGCUCUUGGCCGUUGUUCUUCCUAUCCUUCAGCAAUACGCCUCAAUCUGUCGCCGAGGCUUCGCUGAACUCCAUAGCCUACAUGCUGCUACCGGAUUCAUGGCUCACCAGCUGGCUCGAACCUUUGUUCAGCUCGCUGCCAAGGGCUUCUGCUCUCCUCAAGAGAAGCAAGGCGAGGAGUCUGGCGAAUCAGGCAAACUCGAGUCCGGAACCGGUCUGGGAGACGGCGAUGGAGCGGAGGACAUCAGCAAAGACAUCCAGCCCGAUGAGGACUUGACAGAGCUUGCCCAGGAGCCGAACAAAGAAAAGGACGGCGAGAUGGAAGACGAGAAGGACGCUGUCGACAUGGCGGACGAAGAGCUUGAAGGAGAGAUGGGCAGUGUUGGUGGAGACGACGAGGAAGAAAAUUCCGACGGAGAAGGCGAAGAUGGCAAGGAGGAGAACGAAAUGGAAGAGGAGGUUGGCGAUGUCGACGAUCUCGAUCCGACGGCCGUUGACGAAAAGAUGUGGGACGGAGGCGAUGACGAGGCAGAAAAGGACCAGAAGGGCGACAAGGCCAAGGGGCAGAAGAUGGACGAGCAGAUGGCGGCUGAAGCCGAGGCCAACGCCCAAGAAAGUGAGACGGAGGAUGACAAGCAGAAUGCCGAAAAAGGGGACGAGGAGAUGGAAGAGGAGGAGGAGGAAGAGGAAGAGCCAGGCGCGGAGCAAGAAGACGCGAAGUUUGAGGACGAUCAGGUCAAGCAAGACCAAAAUGUGGAGGAGAACGACGCGCUGACGAUGCCCGAGGAGAUGGACUUCGACUUCGACGAUGAAGGAGAAGAUGCAGGUUCCGAGGACGAUGAACUCGACAAAUUGUCAGACGUUGAGAAGGACGAGCCUCAACAGCAGCAGCAGGAGUCGGAUGUCGAGGACGGAGAGGAAGAGACGCAGCGACCUGAUGAGAAGGGUCCCGAACAUGAAGGAGAGGAAGAAAAGGAGGAGGAAGCGCCAGAGGAAGAUCUCGCGGGCGAGCCCGAGGUCGAUAUGGAGCCCAAGGAAGAGGAGGAAGAGCAGCCCAAUCAGCCCGAGGAGCCCGACAACCGCGUGGAACCCCCUCGGGAUGACUCCAAUGCCGACGCCAACGCUGCGCCGAGCGAUGUCAAGGGCGGCGGCCAAGAUCAAGACGCCGACAAGAUGGACGUUGAGAACGACUUCGACACCAACGCUGCCCAGAGGGACGACGGAGACGCAGGAGACGGUUCCGCGGAGCAACAAACCAGCGCCGGAAAGAAGGGCCAGCUUUCACGGUCCGACGACCAAGCGCAACCCACCGACCAGGACCAGGAUGACACGCCCGAGACCAGCAGACAGGAUCCUUUCAAGAAGCUCGGCGAUGCCCUUGAGCGUUGGCACCGCCAGCAGAACGACAUCAAGGAUCCCGAGAAGCAGCAGCAGGAAGAGGGCGAGCAGAAGCAGUCGCGGGAUAUCGACGCGGAGCUCGGCGCUCGCGAGUUCCAGCACCUGGAGGACGACGAGACUGCGGCCGACGCCCAGGCCAUGGGCAACGCCUCCGAAGACCAGGUGCAGCCCAUCGACGAGGCGAUGGCCAUUGAUGAAGAGAAGGAGGACCCACAGAGCCGAGUGAUGCCCGACGCGGAGGAUGCCGAGAUGGACCAGGACCCCGACAAGAUGGACACGACCGAGGCCCCCGAAGUCCAGGAGAAAGACGCCGGUGCAGACAAGGACGAUGGCCGGUCCGGCGUCAAGACGCGACAGGGCGCUUUGGAGCGCGAGGCAUCGCCCACUGAGGACGAGGACCAAAGAGCCGAAGAGGACUCGGAAGAUGAGCAAGCAGUUGAGGAAACCUCGACGCAGCUCUCGGCGACCCACAUCAGCGACGAGCAGCUUCCCCUUCGCGACUUCUCCGAGUCGCUGCGGUCCUGGACCGCUUUCCAGUCCAAGACGCACCCGCUCUCGCUCUCCCUCACCUCUCAGCUCAGGCUCAUCCUCACCCCAUCCCAAUCCACGAAGCUCUCGGGCUCGUACCGCACAGGCAAGCGCCUCAACAUCAAGAAGAUCAUCCCGUACAUCGCGUCCAGCUACAAGCGCGACAAGAUCUGGAUGCGCCGCGCCAUCCCGACCAAACGUAGUUACCAGAUCCUCCUCUGCGUCGACGACUCGCGCAGCAUGGGCGAGUCGAGCUCCGGCACGCUGGCCCUCGAGUCCCUCGUCAUGGUCUCGCGCGCGCUGACCAUGCUCGAGGUCGGCCAGGUCGGCGUCCUCGGCUUCGGAGCCGACACCUUCAUGGCACACGACUUCGCCGAGCCGUUCGCCUCGCACGAUGCGGGAGCCAAGGUCAUGCAGCACUUCAACUUCCAGCAGGACCGCACCGACAUCGCGCUGCUCGUGCGCCGGACCAUCGACCACUUCCGCGCCGCGCGCUUGCAGAACCCGGCUCGCGGCGGCGCCGAGGACCUGUGGCAGCUCGCCCUGAUCCUGUCGGACGGCCUGACGCCGUCUUCGCAGCACGAGCCCAUCCGCCGCCUGCUCCGCGAGGCCAUGGAGGAGCGCAUCAUGAUCGUCUUCAUCGUCAUGGACGACACGGGCAAUAAGAAGGGCGACAGCGUCCUGGACCUCAAGGAGGCCAAGUUCGUCAAGGACGAGAGCGGCAACAGCCGCGUCGUUAUCGAGAGGUAUCUCGACACCUUCCCCUUCCAAUACUACCUCAUCGUCCACAACCUCGAGGACUUGCCCGGCGCGCUUGCCGGAUUACUGAGGACCUGGUUCGCCGAGGUUAACUCGUGA